GGUAUAAGUGCGAGAAUAUGAAUAUCAGUGAAAGUCGGGAAAAACCAACACUUUUUGCCCCGCCGACUAAGCAUUUGCUGGAGCGAGCAAGGGAUCUUCAAUGGCUUCCCAUGGUGAAAAGCCCUUGGUUUAUCGUGGAUCUCUUCGGAACUUCCUAGAAAGGAAUGGCUUUUCUAGAGGUAAAACAGCAACUCCUGAGUGAGAUUGAAGCUUUGGGAUUCCCUAGGGCUCGAGCAGUCCGAGCGCUUCAUAAUACCGGCAAUGUCAGCUCUGAAGUUGCAAUAAAUUGGAUCAUUGAUCAUGAGAGUGAUCCAGAUAUAGAUCGAAUGCCCCUGGUGGCAGUAAACAUUGAUAUUGAACCUUCUGAACCAUUUCAUAUCACAGAAGAUAUGAAAAGGAAAGCUAAGGAGCUAAGGAAUCAAAUGCGUCAGGAAAAGGAAGAAGAAGAAGAGAAGUCAGAAAGACAAAGAGAGAAGGAUAGAAUUCAUUCUGGUAAAGAACUGCAAGAAGCAAAAAGAAUUGCAGAAGAAACUGAAAGGAAACGGUAUAUAGAUUCUAGGCAAGCUGAGAAACGGGAGGAGAAAAACGCCAGGGAAAAAGUUUUACAGAAACUUGAACAAGAUAAGAUAGAAAGAAAGAGGAAUCUUGGAAUGACCUCUGAAAGGCUUGCUACAAAACCUACCGCAACCGGAACAGGGGAAAAGGAUGAAUUUAAUCCACAGAAUUCGCUGCCAGCAAUUUCUGUUGGUAUAGCAGUCUCUAUGAGAGAAUGUUUAAGGUCUCUUAAGCACCAUCGAAAGGAUGAUUCUGAAAAAGUGAGAAAGGCCUUCCAAACCCUCUUCAUCUAUGUCAGGAAUGUUGCAAAAAAACCUGAUGAGGAAAAGUUUAGGAAGAUUCGACUUAGUAACCCUUUGUUCCAGGAGAGAGUUGGGAGUUUGAAGGGAGGAAUUGAGUUUCUUGAACUUUGUGGCUUUCAGAGAAAAGGAGAGUUUCUGUACCUUCCUCGCGAUAAAGUCGACCCGAGAGUUUUAUUCACUGCUGGAUCACUGUUGGAAUCUGCAUUGACAAAUCCCUUUUUUGGUAUUCUACAAUCAGUUUGAGCUCCUAACAAGGUAGAGCCAGUUUACUGUACUUAUUCAUAACUGAAAAGAGAGGCCAUAUAACCUUCUUGCUUUGGGAUUUGAGAAUGAUGUACAUCAUAAAAUUACUUUCUGAAAUGAUCAUAUAGUAACAGUGGUAAUUUUAACGCA